AUGGAUGUAGCUGAGUCCUUGGAGAACCUGGCGGGUCAGGAACUUGAUCAGGUCCUCGUCAAAACGUCCGUACCGUCUGAUCAGAUGUCCAACAGAUCCACCGGAAACAUAUUCCAGGAAAACACUGUAGAUAUUGUCUUUCUUCUCAAAGCCCAAGUAUUGCACUAUGUUCACAUGAUCCAGGUCUUUCAACGAGUCAACCUCUGCACGGAACGUGUCCAUGAUCUCCUUGGUUUCCCGUUGCGACGUGAACCGUUUGGAGAUCACUGUCUGUUUCACAGCAAUCAUUUCUCCGGUGGUGACGUUCAAUGCAAGGUACACCUUGCCAAACGUUCCAAUACCGAUGAGUUCACCCUUGACCCACGCAAACUCUUUAUCUCCAAAUUGUCGUACAGAACCUCUGCUGGAGGACGGAUAUCCAAGAGCGAGUCUGACGAAGAAGAACUGAUGUUGGUGGCCACCUUGACGCUCUGGGUGUCCGAGUUGGUUGUUUUGGACGGAGCUUUGGCAAACAGACCUUCGUCAGAAUCCACGCUGUCGCCGUCGCUUUCCUCUAGUUCAGGAGCGUUCUCAAACGUGAUUGCGUUUUCUUUGAACGGAUCAAACCCGCCACGUUGGGUCCGAGACCGCUUGAUCGUGUUGGCUCUCGUGACAGUGCCGCCGCUGAGCUUAUCAGGAGAUUCUGGGAGCGGUGGAGGCGGUUUGCGGCUAGACUUCGUACUUCCCGUCAUGGAUAUUGGUGAAGAAUCUGGAAUAGGAGGAGCUGGCGCCGAACGGUGA